GGAAGCCUUUGAAUGGGCUGGAUCCUGGAAUCACACUGCAGGGCUUCCAUUGUUGUUAGACUGGGAAGCAGCAUGCAAACAAAUCGGUGAACCAUCGCGGCCUGUCAAACCCCCGCCCUCGUAGCCACCAUCAAAGCACCCUUGGGGGGGAUUCCAUACACAUCCACUCUGCCUGAUAACCUGCGCCAAACACCAUGGAUUUCAUGUUACCCAUAAGAAGUAAAAAAAUUAUGACUUCCUCCGGCUCUGCGCCUCUUCUGGGCCCUCACAGCAGUUGGACCAGGCACCAGUACCAUGGUGUCAAAAGAAAGCUGCGGCCCGGACGGAUUCUGGGCUUCAUUAUCAGCCUGCUGGUGGUCUGCACAGUCUUCUCAUGGAGUGCCUUGUCGCUGGCUACAACAGUGGCCAAGGAGCUGGAGUCGGUCGUUGAGGGCUCACCUGAGGCAGCAGUGCCCCAAAGAACUCUGCUGCAGCACCAAAACCUCUCAGUCGCACUAGAGGACACACCACUGGCCAUGCAAUCGGCUGAUUUAGAGAUGAAUCAUGGGGACUACCCAACGGACUACUUCAGUGUGGAGGACAGACGCAAGGGCUAUGUGGUUUUUCAUAUGUUUGGCAUGUUGUACAUGUUCAUAGCCUUAGCCAUUGUCUGCGAUGAGUUCUUUGUUCCUGCUCUCACUGUAAUCACAGAGAAGCUGCAGAUUUCUGAUGAUGUAGCAGGAGCCACUUUCAUGGCGGCAGGUGGCUCAGCCCCAGAGCUCUUCACCUCAGUCAUAGGAGUCUUCAUCUCCCACAGCAAUGUGGGUAUCGGUACCAUUGUGGGCUCUGCCGUCUUCAACAUCCUGUUUGUGAUCGGGAUGUGCGCCCUGUUCUCCAAAGAGGUGCUGAACCUCACCUGGUGGCCUCUGUUUAGAGAUGUCUCGUUCUACAUCAUUGGCUUGCUCAUGCUCAUCUAUUUCUUUCUGGAUAAUGAAAUCACGUUGGGGGAAAGUAUCGGCCUGUUGAUGUGCUACAGCUUCUAUGUGACAUUCAUGAAGUUCAAUGCCAAAGUAGAAAUUGUCAUCAAGGGCUUUUUGGGCAGCAACCAGGUGGACGAGCUGGAGGCUGCACCAAAGGCAAAUGCACCUGGAGAUGACGAAAACAAGCUGACGGCCAAACCCAGGCUGCAGAGGGAAGGCAGCUGUGCCUCUCUACACAACUCACUGAUGAGAAACAGCAUCUUCCAGCUCAUGAUCCACACACUGGACCCCCUGAGUGACGAAGGUAUGGAACGUUUCAAAGAAAAGGCGUCGAUUCUUCACAAAAUGGCCAAGCAGAAGUGCAAAGAAGAAGCUGCCAAUGCCAACGGUGUAGCUGAUAAAAACAUUCCCAACAGUUCAAACGUAGCAGUGGAAGUCACACCACCCAACGGUGUUGUAGCAGGAAAUGAGGGUGGUGAGGAAGAUGAUGAUGAAGACCAGCCUCUCAGCCUGGCCUGGCCCGACACCAUCAGGAAACAGAUCACCUAUCUCAUCAUCCUGCCCAUCGUCCUUCCACUGUGGAUGACACUGCCAGACGUCAGGAGAGAGACCUCAAAAAAGUUCUUCGCCAUCACUUUCGUCGGCUCCAUUACUUGGAUUGCUUUCUUCUCCUACCUGAUGGUGUGGUGGGCUCACCAGGUUGGAGAAACUUUCUGGAUCACAGAGGAGAUAAUGGGUCUGACUAUAUUAGCAGCUGGCACUUCGAUCCCCGACCUGAUCACCAGUGUCAUUGUAGCACGAAAAGGCCUGGGUGACAUGGCUGUGUCCAGCUCGGUGGGCUCCAACAUCUUUGAUAUCACUGUGGGUCUGCCAUUCCCCUGGCUCAUCUACAACAUUGUCAACGACUUCAAGCCGGUACAGGUUAGCAGCAACGGCCUGUUCUGCGCCAUCGUCCUCCUCUUCCUCAUGCUGCUCUUCGUCAUUAUAUCCAUCGCGGCUUGCAAGUGGAGAAUGAGCAAGAUUCUGGGCUUACUCAUGUUCUUGCUCUACUUCGUCUUCCUCAUCGUCAGCGUCAUGCUGGAGGACAAAGUCAUCGUCUGCCCCAUUACCAUCUGAGAGAGAGCGACUCCUACUGAUUGUCAGAAAGCAGAAACUGAGCAUUAUUGUGCUCAGGUGUAACAUGAUUUACAAUAGGAAUGGAAAAGCCUGCUCUCGCAGACACAGUCUCUUAUUUGUCUCACGUACAUACAAAGUAGACGACUGCAUACACACACACACACACACACACACACACACACACACACAUAUACAUACAUACAAGUUGUAGCACUGACUUAAAUCAGUCUGCGAAAUUCAGACCGGUGCAUCACAGCCGCCCAGCAGCCUCACACCAGCAUGGACGUCAUUAACAGACUUUUUGCCACCCAAUAGGAGGGACUCCUCUCUCUUUGCACCAUGUGACUACAUUCAGAAGCCACUAUUGGUUGAAACCUGCUGAAAGCAACUGAUGGACAAGUUGUGUGAAUGCCACCUGUGGAUGGGAGUUUCAGUUGAAGAUCACCAGAGAUUUGUGUUUUUUGAACUAAAGGACUGCGCUGCAGUAUAAGAAGUACCUCCGCUACUCAUGCACUUAAGCAAAUGAGCUGGAUAUGGGGCUCAAAGAGACUUUAUUUUUGUUUUAAAGGGCAGCAAAGCUCUGGGGAGAUUCUGUGUGUCAUGGGAGUCGUGGGGGAAAAGAGAAGGAUCCACGGCAGCACAUAAAUGUGAUAGAUGCAUAAUAUACCUUUAGAUUUUAACCACCUGUAUAAGUUCGCAAUGUCCUCGAAAGAGAAACAUCCAGUGUUGAUAACUUGUGUGUUUUCACAUACAGUACAUUGCAUUAAGGACACAUUUGGCAGAAAUUGUUACUUUAUAUCCCAUUCAUGAAUAUCUAUAAGAGGAUACAUUAAAUGCUAAAUAGUUAGAGUGUACACAGAUAGACUUAACCAAGAUUAAACUGGCUAAGGUGUCAUGCUCAAUACGUCUGUUCAUAUCUGUUUAUCCCCACUAUCAUAUUUGGGUUUUUCAUAUAAUAAGUUUGUGAGUGUGACUUUUUCUGUUCCGUCUGCCUUUACAUGCACCACUUUAGAGAGAGAUUACUUCAGUAUUCUGACUAAAACUGGACGAUUUUUUGUGCAUGGAACUGUAAUAAAGAGGCCAGUGUCACAUUUCCUAGUAGAUUAUGCAGCGUUCUCUAUUGUGUUUUACUUGUUAAACUCAAAAGUUUUUUUUCAAAUUACGGUAUGUAUUUAUAAAAAGGAGUGUUCAAUAUGAAAACUUAUGAUCCGGUUACUUCUGUAAUGUUUUGCUGUAAAACUACUCAUGUACUGUAUAACAUGUGUAUAUACAUAUACAUGUAUAUGAAAGGAAAUUAUAGCAAUAUUUUUGCUGUGAACUUUGAUCCUCAUUCAAACAGGCUUAAAACAGAGCCAUUGUUGCUAUGUUCACACUACUUUGUGUGUCACAUUAAAUCAUAGAUUGAAAAUAUUACAAGAAACAUAAAAUGUGCCCAUAUUUUUAUCCAGAGAUUCAGUUUGUGACAUAUUGUAUUUUUUGCAGUUUAGUUUUACUCACAUCCCAAAUGGCAUGUAAUUUAUAAUCACUACGGUCCUGCUGUAACAGAAAAUAUUAACAAUAUUAUUGUUAUAAUUUUUAUUGAUGUGAGGCAAAUGUACUAGCGACCUCAUCGUCCCACCAAAUAUGCUGUCAAUGCCAUCCAUCUUGUCUUUGUCAGAGGAACCACCUGUUGCAGACUGAUCUGCGUGACUGCCCUUUUACAAGCUAUAAUGCAUAUCAUUAUUCAUCAGUCAUUCAUUUUCCUUGUGUUGCCUGCUUUCUAUGUUAAAUAUAUGAAGUAGAGCUGAACGUGGGCAAUAUCUUGUAUUUUAUUCUCCCAGCACUGUUGGAGAAAUGCUAGACAUCCAUGAAUAACUUCCUCCAAUGCUUUUUAUUUCUAAAGUAAUGUUAAAAGGUUAAGGUGUUACUGUACAACCUCAAAAUGGAAAUAAAUAAAUAAAUGCGAAAGACGCUGUACUGCUUCAACAUUUUUUGGAAUUUUUAUAUGCUAUAUUUGUUUUCCAAGAACACACCGUUUUACUCAGGUGUAAAUGUGUUUCUUUUUGUUCUUAGGUUUAACAAAGACAGUUUUUAGAUAAACAGAUCUGAUUCAUCUGUUUAGAUGGCCAUGAAAAUAUCAGUUCACACUCAAAUGGUUAAAAAUUAUUUUGUGUCACAAUUUUAACCCAACCGAUUUUUUUUUAUCGUUGUGUUUUCAUAAAUUGCAACUUUUACUUUUGUCCAAAUGAAUAUAGAAAGAAUUUCCAUAAAAUUGACCCCAAACUAUGCUCUAUCUUGCAAUAUUAAAAAUAUGUGUUUCAUUGUGCAUUUAUGUGUAUAAAAGAUUUGUAAACUGUUUGUGUCCUGUGUGUAAUCAUAGUCAACACAUAGUUUACAGGCCUCAACACAACCUUUAUUCUCAGACUCUAGAUUUAGUCUGUCUCUGCAGUAUCAUUUCUAAAUCUGUCUCGCUCUGAUGGAUCAUGUGCAUGUGAGGAAUGUGUGUAUGAAUGAGUGCAUUUAG